UCUUCGGAUGUCCGUUGGAACCGAAACAGGUGAACUCGAAACAGAAGAAAACAACAACAUAUAGAAAUGCAGUGAAACCUCAAAGUGACGUUUGUGGGAAUAUACUGAGCUGAGUUUUUGAGCUUGACGUGCCAAGGGAAACUUAAUUUGCUUUCAGACGUUAAAUAGACUACUAUGCGCUGCCACAGCUCCGUAACUGUUUUUAUUGUUGGUUUGUACCUCUUUGUACGUAUCCAGUAUGCAUCUCCAUGCAGACAACAGCCAGAAACUCCAGACUGGCGAAUGACUUUGAGAACCAUUCGCAACGGGAUACACAAGAUUGACACUUACCUAAACGCUGCAUUGGACCUAAUAGGUGGCGACGAUGGGCUAUGCCAUUAUAAAUGCAGCGAUGGUUACAAGCCAGUGCCUCGUAUUGGUUACAAGCCACCCCCACCCAAUGGAUGUGGGUCUCCAUUGUUUGGAUUUCAGUUUGAUAUAGGUAUCCCAUCCUUGACCAAAUGUUGCAACCAACAUGACCGUUGUUAUGACACAUGUGGUCGUGAAAAACAUGACUGUGAUGAGCAGUUCCAAGACUGCCUUGAGACCAUCUGCAGGAAUGUGCAAAAGACUCUGGGACUGGCCCACAGUGUUCAAGCAUGUCAAUCAACGGUGACUCUGCUGUUUGAUGCCGUCAUGCACUUGGGCUGCAAGCCUUACCUGGAUAGUCAGCAUGACUCCUGUAUGUGCCAGUAUGAAGAGAAGAGAGAAUUGUGACUCAUCUUUAUAGACCCACGGUAAAAUGACAAAGCAGAGGAUUGCACAAAACCGUCCACAUCACAACACUGCCUACACUGAAUAUGAAAAACUUCUUUUUCCAAUCUUAAAGAUGCAGUAGGUACCAUUGAACAGUCCAGUGCAAAUCCUUCCGCCUCUCGGUGUGCUGCCUCGUAUCACUCCGCUAUGUCCCUACCAACAAAUGACCUCUGCAUCACUCAGUCCUUUACACUCUUGUGCAACCAGGAAAUGUCAAAGCGAGACUCAUGAAACUUCUAUCAUAGUUGAUAAAUAAUAUGUCCAAGUAAAAAAAAUUUUUUUUAAAAAGUUUCAGCAGAUCUCUUCGUUACACUAAUAUUGUUCAUGUAAAGCAGCCAGUUCGAGUUGGUCUUAUUGAUUUUUAGGGUUAGGGUUGCAACCACAAGCGACCGGUAGGGCAGGGCAGAUGUGAUGUGCAUCUGCAUUUGUAGAACUGCCAAUAGGAAUGCCCUGUCUCUGAAUUGACCCGUGAUUGACUAAAAUCUUCUGUCCUGGGCUAGAUUUUUUUUUCUUUUUUACCUGAAUAUAGAGCCAAGAGGAGAUGCAGAAGUCUAGUUUUCUCUCAGACCAUUUGAAUUAUGAUAUACUACUACUGCUACUACUACUUUCGACCGCUCACGUUAGGGGUCGCCACAGCGGGUCAUCCGUUUCUAUGGAAUUUUUUCCCAAUGAUGCCAAUAAAAAAACUGCCUACCUCAACUUAAAUGAGAUUUUUCAGGAAUAGUCCAUGUGAUCACUGUUGCUCCUUUCUCUUUAUGAAGGCAUGACAUGACAUUCAUUCAUUAUCAAAACUGCUUAUAUAUAUAUAUUAACUGCUUAUAUAACUCAGGGUCACGGGGACGCUGGAGCCUAUCCCAUCAGUCACUGGGUGGCAGGCAGGGAGACAACCUGGACAGGCCGUCAGAUAAUCACAGGGCCUUAUCUACAUAAUGAUAUUAAAAAAAGAAAUGUUAACACUAAUGUUAAUAAAUGUUAAUGUUUUGUAAUGACAUACUUGACAAUGUAUAUUGACGUGGCAUGUCAAUAUACAUUGUCAAGUGCUGUGGCUCCACAACACACAUGGAGUCGAAAAUUAUGCAACCUAUGCAGUACUAAUUUUAUAUCUUUGCUCAUAUUUGUCUCAGCCACUUUUUUUUUCAAUUGUAAUGUAUAGUCGGUAAUUUGUAAAACCUUUUGUGAACGUUGGGGGAAACACUUGUAUAACAUGACAAAAGAAUAAAUGUUUAU